GACAGACAGACAGACAGACAGACAGACAGACAGACAGACAGACAGACAGACAGAAAAAAGGAAGCAUCUAUCAAAGACACCCUCCAACAACUCGCUCUAAGUUUUUUACUCUUCCCAUCUCGAGCUUGACACACCUCGCCUGUCCACUUGGCCGGCAAACAAAUCGCAAGAUCUUGAUGGCCACGUAUAAACCCGCACAUGAAAACAAACGGUCAGCGGUAAUGGAAUCUGCGGUUUGAACCUCUUUCUUUCACCCCUGAUCAACUCCAGCGCUGCCUCCGCCACAACCACCAAGAUGGCUGACAGACAUCUUGGACCAACGUCUACCUUCAUCUUCCAACUCACAACUACCACCACCAUCACCACCACCGCCGCCAUCUCAACCACCAACGACAUCAGCAACAUCAUCACCAACGACAACAACAGUAUCAUCAGCAACAGUAUCAUCAACAACAGUAUCAACAACAGCAUCAGCAACAACAACAGCAGCGUCAGCAACAUCAUCACCACAGGCGGGCGCACCACCACCGAAAUCAUCAUCUGGUCCUUCCUCUUGCUCAUGAUCACAAUGGCGUCGUUGCUAGGCAACGGGCUGGUCAUCGCCUGCGUCCGGAUCCACCACCGGCUCCGGGAAGAGCAGAGCAACAUGUUCAUCGUGAACCUCAGCGUGACCGACAUGCUCAGCGCCGUACUCAUCAUGCUCAGCUCUCUGCACGCGCUAGCCGGGGACCGCUGGAUGCUGGGCCCCGUGUGGUGUGACGUGGUGUGCGCGGCCAACUACACGCUCAUCAUCGUCAGCAUGCUCACCCUGUGCUUCAUAGCGCUGGACAGGUACAUGGCCGUGCUGCACGCGCUGCAUUACCACAGGGUCAUCACGCCGAACAAGGCUGCUAUGGCGGAAUCUGCCCGAGAUGUUCUCAGACAGACGAAUAGCGAAGUCCAGCACAAUAUCCCUGUCAGAGGAACGCACGAGGUAGCGGAGAGAGCGACUAAAAUGGGCGGGCCCUUGAGCUCUUUUGACGGAUGCCGAAAACACCGAGACCAUGAACAUUUCCUGUCCGUCGACGACUUUGGAGUGGACAAUCUCAACACGUUGCCGCCUCACCUAGAUCUACCGAAAAAGGACAUUGUUAGCUGGGUGAAGAGCUGGGCUGCUUUAGUGGUGAGGAUCAAGGUGAAUGUUAUCAGUGAUCUGCGACCUGAAUUUUGGGGCGACGAUGAUGAGAAGCCUUACCCGUUUGGCAACAUGCGAGGUCGUAUCGUGAACUGUGUCGGCAGCUCCUGGGUGCAUAGCGUGACUGGCCCUUUGGAAGGUCCGUGUUCCUGUAUCGAAUGUGGAAAAUUGAGUACAAAUAAGAAAGACAAGUGUUGGCUGAUUAUGUUACUCACUGCUCGUCACGUGGUAUACGAUGAUAAAGAAGCCCGCGCGUGUAAGAUCGACUUCUUCGAUGAUGGCCCAGAUGGCAGCGGGGUGCAGACGCUGAAAGGAAGUGAAGUUCAUGAAGCAAACACCGAGAGAGACCACUGUGUACUGGUACGUUUCACCCACGACGACGAUUUGGGGCAGAAGUUAAGGGAUCUAUGCGAGCAGCGGCGAGAAACUGACGAGGACCUGAGAAAGAAGCUAAGAGAUAAGUGGGGACUGUGGGAUGAAAUGGCCCUGUCGUAUUCAUUUCUUGAUGAAUUCACUUCUUGGCUCCCGGUUUUCGUCAUCUCACAUCCACAUGGCCGAAUGAAAUACAUCACCAUCGGCUACUUCAAUAGGGAGGGAGGAAACUCGGAGUCUGUGACUUACACGACUGCAACAUGUCCAGGUAGCAGUGGAGGUUUAGUUCUGUCUUUGGGAACCCGCAGUGUGUCAGAGCUCUUGUUGUGGUCAAGUCGUUGGUAUAAACGCACCGUGUGCGUGCCUCACAGCUGUUAUUUCGCCAAAAAGCUGAUGGGAGGCAGUGCCAAGCUCAUCUGGGGCUGGUUUCUGCACGAGUACAGAGAGGCCUCGCUUAUUUAUUUUAGCGAGACGUGGUUCAAGGACAGUAUUUCUACUAACAGUGUGGACAUUGACAGAUUCCAUCUGGUGAUGAAAGUUGCCCAGGAACAUCAUGAACACCUCAACAGCCAGAGAAUCUCUUCCAGCCCCAGCUACAGGUCUCGAACCCGAGUCUCCUGCAUGCACGACGAGCUGGCCACCACCGUGCACAGGAGCAGCACAAGGAACAGCCUCCGGUUCCCGGAGAGCAGCAGGCGACAAAAUGGCGGCGUGAAUGGAGUGGAGGAAACUGGCGAGGAAAAACGCAACCAGAGACUUUUGGAGCAUGAGGGGGCGGAGCAAUGGUCAGCCAAUCUGUCCAAUCAUAGUGAUCCCAGAAUACAUCACAGCAGCGGAGCCCGGCCCGUAAAUGCUGCCAAAACAGCCAAUCACAAGACAGAUUGCCGGUCUCCUAUGUCUGAGAACGGUGAAAGCUCCCUGGAGCUCCAAAAUCUUCGGUACACUUGUGGAAACGUUUGUCCUUCUGUCUCCAGUACCAACAACUCAACAACGAAACCGACCGACCAGAACGACCCAUGGCAAAACCCCGACAAGAAUGCCGACCGUGGAAGCGGUCUCAGCUCAGCGGAGCUCUUGACAGAAAACGCAGCAAUAACAGCAUCAACAACAACAACAACAUCAGAAACAGCAACAACAAAAACAACAACAUCGCUGAAACCACAAAUGUCGAGUGAAUUUCAUCCUGAGUCAGGAAGAACCCUCGCUUGGGUUGAAAACGGCGUUACAGGACCAGCAAAUGUCUUCGGGCCAGUCAAAAGAUUCACAGUAGGUAAUAAUUAUGAUGAUGAUGAUGAUGAAGAUGAUGAGGAUAAUACGUCAUUUUCAGGGGUGACUACAAGUCCAAACAUGCUGGCACAGCUGGGGUCGAUAGAGGGCACGAAACAACUGGUGGACUGCGCCAUCGCUGUGGCCAUUCCCUCAUACAGGGGAAAUAUGACGUCACUGUGGUCAAGGCGGGUGUCUUAUCCUAAAGAUGUGGGUUCCCCUCAAACUGACCACAGACUCCGCUCCAGACAAUGGGCUGACCACAACUCAUUUGACCAGCGCGGACACAACCAAAUCUCAGAGUCAGAUGUAUCCACUACGUCAUCAAAUAAUCCUUUGGUGCAACCUAACCUCGCGUGGAGCGACAACACGCUGUCCAUGUCCGAUAUAAGGUGCGUAGAGCACGAACCUGGACAGGGAGGAACAACGACAACAACAACAACAACAACAACAAUAAUAACAAAACCAAACCCCUCUCCCUCAAUCCCCCAACCACAUCACCAAAAUCACCACCACCACAACAACAAAAAAACCAACAACAACACAUCAACACAGAGCCAGCCAUCGCCCAACACGCCACAGCGCCAACUAGAUCUUCACGACCUCCGACCUCUGAACCCUGCCUACCCUCCUAACCAUCAACACAACGAAGACAAUAACACAGUUGUUACUGACAGCAGCCGUGCCUCAAAAGCGGACUUGUCAAAUCCGAUAGACAAGUCUAAAGUUUUAUUACGAACAUCUGCCCAACAACAUCAACUACAAGAAAGUUCUAAAAUUUCUCAAGAAGAUCCAACUCGGAAACGUUUAAACGUCACACAUUGUGCAACCGCAACCACACCUACAACCACUGCUACAAAAACGACAACAACACCAGCAACAACAACAACAACAUCUACACAGCAAGGACACACCCACAGCAGCCCUCAGCACAUCGCUAAGAUAAGCUCGACGACCACACACAAACGUUUGACCGGCACGUCCUACAACGAGGCCACAACGCUCACGCCAGGCUCGGCGGCCGGGAGCCGUGACGUCACCACCGGAACGACCAGGAGGAGCCCGGGCGCCAAGGACACGCUGACACGUCAGAGCAAACAACGGAGCUACAGCGCCAGCAACAAGGCCGUCCGCUCCCUGCUCAUCGUGGUCCUGGCUUACUUUAUCUGCAUGACGCCAUUCAGCAUUACCAAACUCUACAAGGUGAUCGUGGGCCGCCCAGACGCUCUCCCCGGCUAUGUGAACCUGACAGCCAGCCUGUGCCAGUUCUGCAGCUCCGCCAUCAACCCUCUCAUCUACGGCAUCUUCCGUCGGGACUUCCAGCGGGCCUUCCUCAUGAUUUUACGCCGCUUUAUGGUCAGGGCGAGGGUCACGGAGCGACAGAGCCCAGACACGCUCUCCUACCAGCUGAACUGAUUCAUCUAGGUCGUUUAGUUUUAGUAAGUGUUUUAUUUUACGGCACUUGCGACACAAUAAGAUUCAUUCGGUAGUUAUCAUA